AUGCUCUCUCCCAUCCUCAUCGCAAGUUCCAUGCCUGCUUUUGACCUGCCACUCAACCACCCCAACAUAUCCACUCAGAGCGUUCAUUUCUUCCCCUGCCCCUCUCCCGAAGAGCUGGCUUUUCGCGCCCCUCUCCCCCCCAACAAUUCCCCGGCCUCUUCUAGUCCCACCUCUACCAUGGGGUGGCUUCCUGAUGCGACCGAGUCUAGCGACGCGCACAACGCGAGUGGAUUAGAGGAAACUCCCGCUUCCUCCGUCACUGAACUGGAUUCUUCCUCAGCCGCCAUUUCGCUAUGCCGCGGAGAGUGGCUCAAGGCGAUGCAAAACUUCCCCUUCGCAGGGACCAGGGCGGGGCGUAAGAACUUGGUGGACGAUGACCGCACCGAACGCUCCACCUUCACCUCCAUUAGCGAGGUGAGCUUCAUCCCGCUUAGGGCCGUGAGGCGGUCAGACCCAUGUGAGGAAGGUGUUCGUGGAGAGGAGAAUUUGAAGGAGGGGUCCACGGGCAAGCGUAUCACUUGGCCUUUGUCGCGAUCCAUUUCCACCGCUUUCUUGAGGCGAAACACUGUCGGGGCCGAGAGCAACCCUGCGACUUCGUUGGAGCCUCUCCCAUCACCCUCUUCCUCGAUGUUUAGAUUCGGAUCUGUGAGGGGUGCUACUGUUCGCCGAGCCUUAUCUUUACGCGCAAGGUCGGGCAGUUCUGCGAUUCAGCACCUCGCUGAAACUCUUCCCAUGAGUCAAGCGGAGGACGGAAAGGGGGAAGGAGGUGUUGCCAAAGAAGGUCAUGAUGAUGACGAUGAAGAGCUGGACGAGGCCACUGCUGAAGCCCAAAGGGUUGCAGAGACGAUUAAGAAAAAUUGGGAAUUUGAGGAGUAUACUCGAGAAGAGGUUUUUGAGCACCGCUUUUCGCGGUACUCUGAUAGCUUCGACCCCGAAGCACUUGCCUCUGUUACUGACUUGCCGCAAUUGUGA